AUGAAUAGAGGAUUGGUGUUAUUGGGUCUGGAAGAUGUGAGGCAGGAUCUCUGCACUUUGCAAUGGGUCAUAAAGAUGCAAAGGAAUUUAGAAUCUCUUUUAAGAUUCAAUCUCCCUUUUGCCUUCACAAAGCACCCAAACAUAGAGAAUGCACACAGUGUCGUCGAGCAGGGACGACCCGUCCUGGCUGCUACGACGCCGUUUCUCCCUUCCCCUUCUGCGGGGCUGCGCCUCCUCGACCGCCGCGGCGGCGUAGUUGUACGAGCACACGCCGGCGACGGAUUCCGGCCUUCCGCCGGCGACGACCCGAUCCUCGUCGUGGAGAUGCGGCGGGCCGGAGGAGGCGUCGGACACCAUGGACAGAUCCUCGUCCUCGUACUCCUCGUCCCCUCCGACGAAAGCCCCGAUUUCGCGGCGGCCGCCGGCGGUAAAUUCGGAGGCGUAGGGAGAAAUCGAGGAGUGGUCUAA